UAGAUGGAACUGUCUAAAAAAGAAAUAGAUUUUGAGUUUCCCUUUGAACCAUAUGAUAUUCAGAAAUCUUUUAUGAGCACCUUAUAUGAAACACUUCAAAAUGACAAGAUUGGUAUAUUUGAAAGUCCAACAGGAACAGGAAAGUCAUUAAGCCUGAUAUGUGGCUCUUUGAGAUGGCUUUUUGAUUACGAGAUAGAAAAAGAAGAAAAAAUAAAAUCUAUAAUAAAUUUCUCAAGUGCUGUAGAAAGAACAAAUGAUGACAAAGCAAAUGAUGAAGAAAAAAAAGAACCAUCUUGGGUGACAGAUUUUUUUAAACAAAAAGCAGCUAAUGUUCAGCUUGAAAAGUUAAAGGAAAAAGAAAGUUUAAAAAAGAAAAAAAAUGAACUUAUUGAAAAGAGGAAAAACAUUGUAAACUUUAAACGAAAGAGAGAAAAUUGUCCAUCUCUUGAGAAUGAACUUAAUAAUAAUUUAACAAGUAGUUUUAAAGAAAUUAUUAGCGACGAAGAUAAUAAAGAAGACGACGAAGAGUUAAUUCUUGAUUACUGUAGCGAUGAGGAUACAGUUGAUUUAAUUUCAGAUGAAGAACAAGAUAAUAUUGAGGAAGAGUACUGCACAAAGAUAUUUUAUUGCAGUCGAACACAUUCCCAGCUAUCACAAUUUGUUCAUGAAGUUCAGAAAUCGCCAUAUGCUAAUCGCGUUAAAUUAGUUGUUUUGGGUUCAAGACAGAACUAUUGCAUCAAUGAAAAAGUAAACCAACAAAAAAACGUUUAUCAAAUCAAUGAAAAAUGUCUGGAUUUACAAAAAAAGAAAAAAGAGAGAAAAAAAGAUAUAAAUCAACCAAAGAAAAAACGUAAGAAAGAGGAAACAUCAAAUGGUUGUCCAUAUUACAGCUCUAAAAAAGUCCACGAUUUUAAAGAUUACGUAACAAUGGAAGUUCAAGACAUAGAGCAGAUUGUUAAACUUGGAAAAGACUUGAAUACAUGUCCAUAUUACGGAACAAGGCAUACUAUACCAAAGGCACAGUUAGUUGUUUUGCCAUAUCAGACAUUGUUACACAGAGGAACUAGAGAAUCUGUUGGUAUUAAUGUAAAAGAUUGUGUUGUUAUAAUUGAUGAAGCACAUAAUCUGAUCGAAACUAUCAACAAUAUACAUAGUGUUGAAAUCCGACAGAAUCAAAUUACAUCAUCGAUUAACCAAUUAAAACAUUAUAAAGAUAAGUAUUUCAAACGAUUGAAGGCCAUAAACUUGAUGUACAUUGAACAAAUUAUUUUUGUUUUUAACUCCCUCUUAAAAGUACUCAAAGAACAUAUUGAAUCACCAACAGAAGAAUAUUUGUCAACUAUUAAUGAUUUUAUUUAUUCUGCAAAAAUAGACAAUGUAAAUUUAUUUAAGAUUCAUAAAUACUGCGAGCAAAGUUCAAUAGCAAAAAAGUUGAAUGGAUUUAUUGAAAAAUAUCAAACAGAGUAUGUUACAACACAUAGUGAAGAAAAUGUUGAGGUUUUGCAAACUUCUCAGUUCAUGUAUGCUGAGUCAUUUUUGUAUGCUCUUACUAAUUCUGACAAAGAUGGAAGAAUCUUGGUGACUAAAAGCAAAGUUCCCAAUAAAUCUUCUAUUAAGUUUCUCAUGCUUAAUCCAGCAGUACACUUUAUUGACAUAAUAAAAGAUUGUAAAUCUCUCAUUUUGGCAGGUGGAACUAUGGCACCAGUUGGUGAGAUUAAAGACUUAUUGUUUUACACCUCUGGUAUUCCCUCAUCUCGAAUUACAGAGUUUUCAUGUGGUCAUGUAAUUCCAUCUAGUAAUUUACUUGUGUUAGCUUUACAAAAAGGUCCUUCUUCAAUGGACAUGAGUUUUACUUACCAGAGUAGAAACAAUUUUGAUUUGGUUGAUGAGCUAGGUCGUUUGUUAGUUAAUAUUUGUUCUGUUGUUCCUGGUGGCAUUGUUUGUUUUUUUCCUUCAUACGAUUAUGAAGAAUUUGUUUACAAACGAUGGAUUAAUACUUCAUUAUUUAAUAAAAUUGAUAGCAAAAAAAAGGUGUUUCGAGAACCAAAGUCUGCCAUGCUAUGUGACCAAGUGUUAUCUGAAUAUACAAAUAUGAUAAAGAAAUCACAGUCUAGUGGGGCAGUUCUUCUUAGUGUGGUUGGUGGAAAAAUGAGUGAAGGAAUAAAUUUUUCCGAUGAUCUGGGUCGAUGCAUAGUAAUGAUUGGUCUACCUUACCCAAAUGUAAACUCACCAGAGUUGAAGGAAAAAAUGCAGUUUCUUAACCGCACAAUAAACCCAACUGCUGGAAAAGAGCAUCUUGAAAAUAUUUGUAUGAAAGCAGUUAACCAAUCUAUAGGUCGUUCAAUUCGUCAUAAAAAUGAUUAUGCUAGUAUAAUUUUGAUAGACCAGCGUUACUCACGAAGUUCAGUGAUAAACAAAUUGCCAUCUUGGAUAAAUUCUCAGCUGCAAACUCAUCAAAGAUUCGGUCCUGCGCUUGCUUCAAUUAGCAAGUUUUUUGCUGGUAAAAGAAUUGCUCUAUAAUGGUGCGGUUUUGUAGUAUUUCUUAUUAAAGAACUGUAUUUUGUAUUUUA